AUGGCACCGCAAUGUGCAGUGAAGCCGAUUGCCUCCACGGCCGAGUUCAAGCAACACAUUUCAGAACUUCCGGCCGAUUGUCUAGCCGUCAUCUACUUCCAUGCCUCUUGGGCAGAGCCUUGCAAAGUGAUGUCCAAAAAACUUGACGAAUUAGCCCAGGAGUUCACGAUUACCGACCCGCCACAGAUCACCUUUCUAGCACUCGAAGCCGAGGAUCUCUAUGAGACCAGUGAAGAGUACCGGAUUACACAGGUUCCUUCUGUGAUAUUGCAGCGAGACAGCAACAUACUGGAGAUCGUAAAGGGUACUGAUGCGACCAAAGUGGGUGAUGCAGUUCAUAAACAACUGGGACAAUCAGCGCCCGGAACUGUAAAUCGAACGGGUCUGCCACCGGCUCAACAGCUUACUCGCCCGCCUGCUCCACCAGCUGGGGCUCCGGCAGCGUCCAACAGCGAUGCCAAAGAGAACGGAUCGUCUGCGGUUGAGGACACGAAGGAGAGGUCAAAGGAGGAGUUGGACGCACAUCUCAAACAGCUGGUCAGCGCAGCGCCUGUCAUGCUUUUCAUGAAGGGCACUCCAAGCGCGCCGCAAUGUGGAUUUAGUCGCAAAACGGUAGCGAUCCUGCGAGAGAACGGCAUCAAGUACGGCUUUUUCAACAUCCUGGCCGACGAUGAAGUCCGACAAGGCCUGAAGGAAUUCAGCGAGUGGCCGACUUUUCCCCAGGUCUACGUUGAUGGAGAAUUUGUCGGUGGCUUGGACAUUCUGAAGGAGGAAUUUGAGAACGAUCCGGAGUUCCUCAAGGACUAUUCCGUGAACAAGGUUGCCGCAUGA